AGUUGCAAAGUAGACGUGCUUGAGAUUGAGAGCAUAUAGUACUUAAUUGUCUGAAUUGAGAAGCAAUUCAGAAAGAUGGCACAAACUGCAACUUCAAGGAUUUGCAGUCUUGUAUUGAGGAUUUUUACGCUGGUUCUUCUGUUAAUAUCACUCAUAGUCCUCACCACCAAUACAAAGACAAUCGAAGUUAGUGAUGGUUCUGUAAGACUUCGUUUUUCCGAUGUUUAUGCUUACAAAUAUGUGCUAGCAGCAAUCGUUUUUGGGACGGCGUAUACUCUUUUGCAAGUGGGACUCUCAGUCUUCAAAGUUAUAAAUGGCAGCGACAGCAACAUUCUAUUUGACUUUUAUGGGGACAAGAUAAUGUCGUAUAUGCUAGCCACAGGUGCAGCAGCAGGAUUUGGUGUGACCGCAGAUAUGAAGCAAUUGUUUGAUGCCUCGGAAUUAUACUUCCAUGAUUUUUACGACAAGGCGUACGCAUCAUGUAGUAUGCUUUUUUUUGCAUUCGUGUGCACUGCCGUUUUGUCUGUGAUGUCUUCCUACGCUCUCCCCAAAAGCAUUUAGAUUGCUUGUUGCA